CAAAUCAAAUCAAAAUGGACACUUUGGUUUCUAUUCAUCCUCGGUUUGGCAUUGGUUUUGUUGCACCAAAACCAAAACCAAAACCAAAUCUGUUUCACUUUUCUAACCCACCAAAACAACAGCCAUUGGCAAAUUAAGCCUUCAAAGUUUUCAUCUUUCUUUCACUCCAACAUUUACCCUUUUGAGCAUCAAUGGGGAUAUUGUAUGGAAUGGUGGCAAGGGGACAGGUGGUUCUGGCUGAGUUCAGCGCCUCACAGAGUAAUGCUAGUGUGGUUGCCAAACAGAUACUAAACAAGAUCAAUGAAGGAAGUAAUAACAAUGAUAGCAAUGUUUCCUUUUCCCAUGAUCUCUAUGUUUUUCAUGUCAAGAGAACAGAUGGCCUCACUGUUCUUUGUAUGGCUGAUGAUGCAUUUGGAAGAAUGGUCCCUUUUGCAUUUCUUGAAGAUAUUCAUAAAAAAUUUGUGAAGACAUAUGGCCGUGCAAUUCUUUCAGCUCCUGCCUAUGCCAUGAACGAUGAGUUCUCAAGGGUGUUGAAUCAACAGAUGGAUUAUUACUCCAAUGACCCAAAUGCUGACAGAUUGAACCGUCUCAAAGGGGAAAUGACUCAGGUCAGAACAGUGAUGAUUGACAACAUUGAGAAAGUGUUGGAGAGAGGUGGCCGCUUGGAACUGUUGGUAGAGAAAACUUCAGCAAUGAACAGCAAUUCAAUUCGUUUCAAGAGGCAGUCCCGUCGUUAUAAAAAUAACCUUUGGUGGAGUAAUGUUAGGCUAACGGUUGCACUUAUUAUAAUGUUCGCCGUUAUCAUUUAUGUUAUUCUGGUCUUUAUCUGCCAUGGUCCCUUGUUGGCUGCCUGCUGGAGAUAAGCUAUGAAGGUUG